AGCUGUUCUAAAGCAGUUAAUUCUAUACCGGGUAGCUGUUUUCAUUGGUAAUGUUCUUUAUAAACUCUGUUAGAGCUAUGAUUGGCUUACAAAGAAUGAUAGAACAUAAGGGGGCUGGGAGUGUUUACAGAGUCUGAUAAUACUUCUCAUCCAAUGAAAAGCAUUUCCUAUAGAGACCCCCAAGAGUCCCCUUGCUCACAAUUCCAACCCAGACAUUAGGCCUAUUCUUCUUGCCAGUUUCUCUCCAAGGCAUGCUGCUUUCAAUUCUCUACCCUGUUUCUUUUCCCUAACAAAGGAGUGCUGGUAACAGCUGCUGAAUUCAAGUCCUGAGGAUUUACAUUGAAUUUUACAAAAUACUGCACUGGAAAAAUGCUUCUUACAACAUAAUAUUUUGCAAAGAUGGAUAAAUGAAAGAAGUUUUAAUGUUUUUUUUUUUUUUUUCUGAAGUAUAAAAGACAAGAAACAUUGAACUGAGGGAUCAGUGAUGGAGAAGAGUAAAAUUAUGGGUAUGAUUUCCAGUUAUAUUACAGAAACGAGCACUGACCGCAUUCUCUCUGCUCUUCCUAUUUUAUUAUAUGGAUACUUCUGAUUACCAUUCCGGAGCAUUCCACAAAACCACUGAGAACCUGGGAUGGGAAACUACACCAAUAGCACCUGCGUCAUUGAUGACUCCUUUAAGUACAAUCUCUAUGGAGCCGUUUACAGUGUGGUAUUUAUCCUUGGGCUAAUUACAAACUGUGCCUCUCUAUGUGUAUUCUGCUUCAAAAUGAAGAUGCACAACGAGACCGCAAUCUUCAUGACCAAUCUUGCCGUCUCCGAUCUACUUUUUGUGUUCACCUUGCCUUUUAAGAUUUUUUAUAAUUUUAACCGGCAUUGGCCCUUUGGAGAUACCUUGUGUAAGAUUUCAGGAACUGCAUUUUUGACCAAUAUCUAUGGAAGCAUGAUUUUUCUCACGUGCAUAAGUGUGGAUCGAUUCCUCGCUAUAGUUUAUCCGUUUCGUUCCCGCACUAUUCGUACAAGAAGAAAUUCUGCUAUAGUGUGUGCUGGAGUAUGGGUCCUUGUCCUCAGUGGAGGUAUUUCUGCUUCACUCUUCUCUACUACUAAUGUGUCCAACACAAGCACCACAUGUUUUGAGGGGUUUUCAAAGAACAUUUGGAAAACUUAUUUGUCAAAAAUCACAAUAUUUAUUGAAGUGGUUGGAUUUAUAAUCCCAUUGCUGUUAAACCUGACUUGCUCAUCAUUGGUUUUGAGGACCCUGAGGAAACCUGCAACAUUAUGCCAGAUUGGAACCAACAAAGAGAAAGUUUUAAAGAUGAUCGUUGUCCACGUGGCAAUUUUUGUGGUGUGUUUUGUGCCAUACAAUUCUAUCCUUUUCCUGUAUGCGUUGGUUCGUUCUCAAGCCAUUGCAAACUGUUCUAUUGAGAGAUUUGCCAGGACAAUGUAUCCUAUUACUUUGUGUAUCGCAACAACUAACUGCUGUUUUGAUCCAUUUGUCUAUUAUUUCACCUCAAAAUCAUUUCAAAAGUCGUUUAACAUUAAUCCUCUAAUAAAAAUGGAUAACCUUUUUAAGUCUGAGUGUGGAGCAAAAAUAGUUUUGCCUAUGACACAGGAAGAUCUCAUUGAUCACUCAAAUAAUGGAGGAGAAACGCUGUCAGAACCGAAUUUCAAGGACUAAACUUGUAUAAAGUUUUUUUUUUUUUUUUUUUUUUUUUUUUCUCUUUUUCAAAUGACUCAAACAACUGGAGGAAUAAUUUAUACAAAACAUGUGUUGGGCUUUAUUAUUGGUCAGUAUUUCAGUUGGCAAUGUACAAAAAAAAAUCUUUAUUUAAAUAUAGUAAAUAUAUCUUUUGAAGUACAAACACUUUUUUUUUUUUUUUUUUCGUCCCAGAUCAGUAAUUUAUGUAAAUAUUCAUAGAAUAUUGUAGAUCUAGCAGCUGUUGUGUCAAUGUGUUCACAAAUGUCUUAUUUAUGUGUACACCUGAAUUUCUUUAAAAAAAAACUAAAAAAAAAAAUCUUGAGUAAUACCUAGUUGUGUUUUGAAAUGUCUUUGGCCGUUACGUAUGGAUACUGAACAACCAUAGCUAAUUAGAAAUGUAGAUGGCUGCUUGAUUUCUCUGCUAUGAAAUUUUAGACGGACAGUAAAUAAUUUUUUAAUUUUUUUUUUUAAUUAUUUGCAGUAUGUGCACAAUUACAGAGGACAUUCUGAGACUUUCCUUUUAUGCAACCAAUUUUCAAAUAGCUUUUUUGUCCCACAAUACAGCCCCGGUUCCCCCUUUAUAGUUGGCCUGUGAGCCUCAGCAAUUUUGUUUCAUGAACCGCCUCACAGGAUUGUUUGAGAAUCACAACUUGAUGAAAAGUGCCAUUCACUUUACUGUAAAGCACUGCCUCUAUGGAACAAAGGUUUGAAGCAUCCAAUGGCUUCAUUCAGCACAAGAAUGAAUGGCACUAUCAAUCUGGUUUUAAAACCCUGUGAGACAUUUAAAAAAAAUAAAAAAAAAAAAAAAAAUCUGCUUUUGACAGGCUGGCUAUGGUGGGGGAAUCAGGAUAAAAUCUAUUUAAAAUUGGCUACAUAAAAGGUGAAUCUCAGAAUAACAUGUUUAAUUGUGCACAUUCUGCAAAAUAUUGUAAAUAAAUAUGUUUACUGUCACUUUAAGGCAGGAAAAAUGAAACCAUUUGUGUAAAGAAAAUCUUUUAAUACUAAAACAAAUGUUUUUUUUUGUCAUUUGAAUGCACUACUUUUAUAGUUUACAUGCACUGGUGACUUCCUAUUGUAUUUUAAAAGAGAGUUUAACAUUUCAAGUACAUCUAACAGGUUAGAGAUUAAGAACAAGUUAAGAAACACUGUUUUUGAGUAACAUUGUCAUGUAGGAAAGGUUUGGUCUACAUGGAAGUCAUAUAGACUAAUGGUUGUUUAUGAGUAAAACACUUCUUUUUUUUUUUUUUAUUCACCAUUUUUAUUUUUUAAAACUUGAUCACAAAAUGUCACCAAAGGCCGAGCCUCAUAUCUCAGUUCUCUAUAUGAUCUCUCUGGUUGGUAACAGCUACCCCCUUUCUCAUUUACUGACCGUUAUUGGCAAUGUUUGGAGAUGACCACACUGAUUUACUCUGAAAUAGAAGUAUUUUAUUUAACAGAGAUUGAGAAAGUCCUUUUGAAUAAACGGAUAAUAUUUAAACUUAAUGUAAAAGGCCACAGAAUAACAAACGGCCUAGAUCAGUGAUGACGAACCAUGGCCCUCAAGAUGUUUUCAGAACUACAUUUCCCAUGAUGGUUGGCUGGACUGCGAAGUGCCUAAGCAUCUUGGGAAAUGUAGUUCUGAAACAUUUGGAGUGCCUAGAUUCGGCAGCAGUCAGUAAUGACACUGUGUGUAGAUUUCAAUAAAGCUUGUUUGUUGUACCAAGUAGUGUAAUUCACACCUCAGUAAGAGCAAAGCAAAAAUAUAUUGGCAGGGAGGAAUUAAUGGAACGUGAAACCCAAAAUGUUUCUGUCAUGAUUCAGACAGUGCACGUAAUUGUCAACAACUUUGCAGUUUACUUAUUUUAUCUAAUUUGCUUCAUUCUCUUCGUAUCCUUUCUUAAAUGAGCAGUAACACAUUACUGGGAGCUAGCUUAUUAGAUAAGCCAAUGACGAGGCAUAUAUGUGCAGCCACUAAUCGCCAGCUAGCACCCAGUAGUGCAUUGUUGUUCUAGAGUAUACCUAGGUAUGUUUUUUUGUCAAAGGCUACCAAGAAAACAAAUUAGAUAAAUUGGAAAGUUGUUUAAAAUUGUAUGCUGUAUCUGAAUCAUGAAUGAAAGAAAAUUGUGUUUUAUGUCCCUUUUAAUGAAAAAGCAGCUAAAUGAAAAUGUUCUAUUUAUAUAUUUACAAGUAUCGUAUUCAUGUCUGCCAUAAAUACUUGUGUGAAGGUUUAUCUCUCUUUAAACGUAGGGCUGUACAUUUAAUGAUACAUUUCUUUAAAAAAAAAAAAAAAGCAGCUUAGAAAUAGAAAGGUUUGCCUUGAUGUAUUUGUAUGGUUUUAUGAAACAACUUGUAAUCAAUGUUUAAAAUCGCACCUGGCUGUAACAUGAAGGUACUGUGUAAAUAAGCUCUACCGGUUUAUUAAAUAUUUGCAAACACAA